AUGCACGCUUACCUCUCCGACAUCCUGGAGCUCAAGCCCGGGCUCACCCUGGUGCCCAAUCACCACAAUGCACUUCACCUCGGUGACUUCCUCAUGCGCUUCGGUCCAGUCCAUGGCUGGUGGAUGUUCCCCUUCGAGCACCUCAUCGGAGUGUUGCAGCAAGUGAAUACAAACUACAAGCAGGGGCAAUUCGAGAAGACUAUGCUUGAAUCUUUCUGCGCCGCGGCCAAUGUCAAGGCAUUUCUGAAGCGGGAUGACUGCCCGAAAGUUCUGAAGGACUGCGCACCCAUCAUCCAGUCAUGCUUCGGAGGCGAUCAGCGAGGCACAUUGAUGACGGACAUCCGUACCUUGGGCGAACAAAUUCUUGACGGCCCUUCGCCAGACACCGGUGCAACUGUUGACUGGACUAGUGUCCGCUGA